AUGUGCACCAAGACUACCAUGACAUACGCAGGCUGCAAGGAACGACGACCCACCGACAAGCAUAAAUAUGUGAUCCGCGCACAAUGCCAACCCAGAAGACAUGAAUGGAUUGCUGCCGGAGGACCUCGACAAUUCCGCCCCAACUACUCACUGCAGGACAAUGUCAACACCGGCAUCAGAAUCUUUUGCCCACAAUGCAACGGUCUCCAAUAUGACCUCUUCCACAAUGUCAAGCGGAAAGCGGAGUCCAGCAAAGAUAAUGCUCCAGAUCUCGACAACAUCUUACGAAAAGAAGGCCUCAAGGCUCAGAAUGCUCUUCUUGCCCAUCAUGAUGCCCUAGAGAAGCUCCCAGAGCUCGAGAAAGAGACCGAGCGGCAGGAAAACUGCAGCAGCGACGACAUAAGUCAAGCGUCCACUCAGCAGCCGAUUACUCGGACAGAUGUCAUUUGCACAAGUACUUCGGUCCUUGCCCAGCUGCAGCAGUCCCUCGCAGCCUACACCGAUCCUACAGAGAGACAGCGUGUUGUACUCGAGCGCUUUGCCCACUUGCUAAGACUACUCUUGCAACAACGGACGACUGUCGACCUUUCGGCCCCUCCAGGCGCCGCUGAACAGCAACAGGCUCAAUCAGCAAAUCAACAGCAACCAACAGCGACGACUGACGGACCGCAGCACAAGAACGACGCCGUGCCAGCCGAAUCGUCUCCUCUGAAUCAUGCGGAAAUGCAUGACUCUGGUUACGGAUCCGGCACCAACCCUCGCACUCCGGACAUGGGAAGACCUGCAAGAGGUUUAAAGCCAACGGCGACAGCAUUUCCUGCCGAAGAAUGGAUAGAGAAUCCAGAGCGGGUUCAAAACCAUGCGUCACGGUCACCGUUGCCCGACCGUUCGAAGCCGGCAAAACCUGCUGAUGAUGCACUAUUUCUGGGGUGGCUCAAGAUCGACGACGGAGCAUCUGGCCGCUUCCACUAUGACGAUGUCCAAACCCAAAAGGCUCCAUGGGAGGUUCCCAGCGCAACAAUAUGCGAUGUCCCCACAUUUGACCGCAAGAGCACGCCUAUCCCACAGUCGACCACGGAAUCGGCAGGACUUAAUGCGGAAGAAAUCUCUACACGGUUCUUCAGAUCUGGUGGCUACGGUGCUGACAAGCCCAACAUGUCUGACACUAUGGUCAGGGACCCAAAUGCAUGCCGGGCCUGCAAUGAACGUGGUGGUAGACACGGCAAGAUCAUGGCUUGCAAGCACUGCGGUGGUUGUGCAUUCGUGCCUAGGAUGGGACAACACGGUCCCUUGCUACCGGGCUCUCUUGUAUUGUGUCCAGAGUGUAAUGGUCAUAGUGAUGUGAUAAAACAAAAAUUUCGCUGCAAGGUGUGCAAAGGGACAAAGAAACAGCCUUGGAAUUCGUCUUACGAGCCGGAGCCAAAGCCUUACCGUGACAAUUAUUACGAGGAGCCAGCGCCCCAACAACUCCAAGCACCUUCUGGACAGCAAAUGAAUAUGGGCGGUGAUGAGACUGAGCAGGUGCAAUGCGCUUCUGAAUGA